AUGUCUUGUACUUUAGAAGAUAUUUUUCAAGACACACAAUUCAAAAAGUUCAACGAUAAAGGAAAACCGUAUUGUGAAGGAGUUGUAUAUUUAAAACAAGAAGACUUAUACAAAUUUUUAGGAAUAAAAGAAGUUAAAAAGAAAAGGAUAUUAGAAACAUCCGAAUUAAAUCGAUGUAAAAAUGUUUGUGGUAGUAAUUAUAUUCCAGAAGACAUUUGUUUAAAGUUAAUAUUAACCCAAAAACAAUUCCAUGAUCAAGUAGUAAAAUUUAUUUAUUCAAAACAACAAGAUGAGUCUGAUCAACUAUUAUCACAAUUACAACAACUAUUACAAGAACAACAAGAACAACAAUUACAACAAUUACAACAACAACAAGAACAACAACAACAACAACAAUUAGAAGAAACAAGUAAUGAAAUUACUAUUAGAACACAAAUACAACAACAAAUAAAACAUCAUACGGAAUUAUUAAAAUUGCUUCAAGAAGAAUUACAACAAUGUAGAGUAGAAUUAGAAGAUGACUGUGACUUUGCAGAAACACAAGAAUCCAAGAAAAGAAAAGUAAGUGUUCGAACUUAUGAUUGCAAUAUGAAAGAUAUAGCUUAUUCGGAAGAUAGAACAACUUAUACUCCUAAAAAACCAUCCAAGGUAAACGAAAAAUUAGACAAAAUAGAGAAUCAAUUAGAUGAAUGCAUCAAAAAAUAUGAUGAACAAUUAAAUGUUGAUGUCAAUUUAGCGCCAUUAAAUUUGGUGUCUGAAUGUGAAUGUAGAGGUGUAAAAUUACGACAUAAUUCAUGUAAAUCUAGUUCUAUUGAUAAUAGUUUUGAAUAUUCUGACAGAAAGUUAGAAGAUUUCAUUCAGAUUUUUAAAGAAAUAGCUCAUACUUGUAAUGUUAAAUUUUCUCAUAUAUUAUAUCAUUUAUUUAAACAAUAUCCAUCACACGUACUCGAUAUAAUAGAGAGUAUUGCUAUAACUAGUAAGCUUAAACCACAUAAUUUUACUGAGACUGAAUUUAAGAAAUACAAAAACCUAAUACAAAAACAAAUAUCUGAAAGUUUACAAUUAAAAGUAAAGGAUGAACUUAAUAUUUCACAUGAAGCUUGGAAAGAGUUAAUUUAUACACUAAAUAUUGAUCACAUUUUAAAUCCAAAUUUAUCAGAAAUUACAAAAACAACAAAUACUUUAGUUAAAGAUUUUUUUAAAUUUAAACAACUGAAUAAUGGAUUCAUCGUAAACCUUACAUCCAUCAUAGAAGCAGCCAUUAAAGCUCAUUUACAUACUGUUCACACAAGAAAACAGAAUGAUAAAGUAUGUGUAGAUAAAUUACCAGAAAAAGUAAUGAUUAAAUUGUCAAUGGAUGGUAGAGAAUUUGGAAAUUUACGAACAGUUGUAGUUACUUUGAAUAUUUUAAAUUUACAUUUAUUCGGAACACAAGAAAGAGACUGUGUUUUCCCAAUUCUAAUGUAUAUAGGUGAAGAGAAAGAUAUUAUUAAUUAUAUAACUGAAAUUGAAAAAGAAGUUAUUGAACUUUCUACCAAACAUAUUACUAUCAAAGAAAACGAGCAUGAUGCUACACUAUCACUUGAAAAUACAACCCAAACAAUUCCAUUAGAAUUCUAUUGGGUGAGUGAUUUAAAAUCACUUGAAUAUUGUUCAUUAUUGAAAGAACAUGCUAUGUUUUGUCCUUUCUGCAACAUUAAGAAACAAAAUUCAUUGUCUGGGAUUUGUUCUGAAAAUAGUAGAAAUUUACAACACAAAAUGGGUGUUAAAUCAUCCAAUAUUUUCAUAUGCAUUUUGCAUAUGGAUGAACGAAUUACUGAAUAUAUUUUGAAAAUGACCUUAAAAACUUCGGAACUUGAAAAGCAAAUGAAAACCAAUAUUUGUUCAUUGGAAGGUUUUGCUGAUUUUAAUUUUCAUUCAUCAAGUGUUUUAGUGAAAGAUACAAUCGAAGAAGAAAAUGCUCUCACAGUUAAGGAAUAUUCAUUUAUGUUAUCUGGCGGGCAUUGUAAUAAGCUUUUUGGAUCUUUUGAUAAAGUUUUUGGAUUUUUGAAAGAUUCAAACUCAAAUAUGUAUAAUAUUUGGAAAAAAUACAAAUCAAUUAGACAGUGGUUGUAUUAUACAAAUGAAGAUUUGGAAAAGAAAUCAUUAAAGGAUUGGGAAAAUUUUGAUUCUGAGUUAAAUGAAUGGAGAUUGCUUUUUGUUCUACAAAAAGCUGAUAGUGGAAGAAUAGGAGAUUACAUUCAUAUUGCCACUGCACAUCUUUAUGACUUGCUUUCAACUUAUGGAAGUCUGGUUCCUCUUUCAAAUCAAGGUGUAGAAAGUUCUCAUCAAUUAGAUUGUUUGAUUAUGGAAAGAGGGACAAGUAAGGGUAAAAUGUCUAUUGGUACCAAAAAAGCUCAAGCUGGCUCCUCAAAACCAAACGUGGAAACUGUAUCCAAACCUGCUUCCCAUACUCUUGAGUCUAGUGAUCUUGAUAAUGAGCAAGAACAUAAGGAAUUUAAUUAUGAAUCAUUUAUUAAGAAGACAGAAUCUUGUGACUGGAAUGAUUUAUUCCAAGUUUGUCAAAUCAUGCUGAAGAAACUUAGAAAGUUGUAUUUAUCUUUUACUUGUGAAGAAGUACUAUUUGUCCGGUUAGAAAGAAGGACUGGUAAGGUAAUAAGAAAAGAUUGGACAAGAGACAUUUUAACUAUGUCUCCCAACUUUACUCUGCCUAUCCGAAAACCAACCAAUGUUCUCAUUCAAAAACCAGAUAACAUUAACACUGAAGUGAUAUCUCCACAGCUUGCUCCAUCCCAAGAUGUUCCUAAAAGAACAGUUGAACUCAAACAAUCCCAGGAAUAUGGAUUGGUUGUGAAUGGUGAUGAUGAUGGGUUGAUGAAUGAUGAUGUCUUCUAUUAA